AUGGAUCCAAAUCAUAAUAUUUCACCCGACCUUGAUACGUCGUUACUUGUAUCAGAUGAAAGAUUCACUAGCUUCUGUAGUUCGCAGAUGACGAAGGGCACAGUUCCAAAAACUGUCGGACCUCUUUCAAAUUCUAUUGAGCCAGGCGAAGCUUCCUCGAGGCGUUCCUCCAGACGAUCCUAUAACGACCACACUACCACCUUAAACAGUGCCGAUUUGCUGCCAUCGCAAAAGGCGCUUCCGGAUAAUCAACUGGAAGAAUCUAAGAUGAUCAAGGUCAUGGUUGAUGGCGAUGAUGGUGGGGUGGAGUUCAGCAAAGUGUAUGAACGGAUCAACGCAGCUUUGAGGGUACGAUCCCUAUAUAAGAAGGCAGGCGAACAAAUCCCACCUGGCGAGAUGGUUCCGCUCCCUAGCCACGUUUCCAUCACUCAGGAGAAGGGUAUCUAUCAAAUUUCCGACCAUGACUCUACGUUCUGCCCGAAGCUCCGCACAUGGGAACAGUUUGCACAGGAUGCUCAUCAAAUGCGUCUUACGGUGAACCAUUCGUCCUGCAUUCAGGCCUGUAACCACCGUCUUGGUAUCAUGCAGGAGCGGUCGCGUAUGUUUUUCCUGAUGAACGCCGAAAUCGAGGAGCGGCAUCACCUGCGGAAGGCAGGUGGCGUGUUUGCUAACGUGAUGAAGGUGGACUGCUCGGUCGACCUAUCCAACAGCGUGGACGCGCAGGAGCUGCUUGACCACAUCCUGAACACAUGCAAGCGAAGCAUGGAGGUGUCGGUUCGCCUGCUGGAUGGCACCAACCUCACGCUGUGCGAGCUCUUCCAGCGGUAUGGGGUGAGCGAUCCGAUGAAGCUGAGCGUGGAGGGACUUGGCUGGCAGCCCCGAUUGAAUGUCCCGGACCUCUCCGAGCACUCCGGGGAUCGGGAAAACCUCGGCGUGGAGCUCAGACACACGUUCGUAAGUGUGGACGGAUCCCUCAGCUCACGACUGCACAAACGUCUGAUGGAGCGCGUUCAGAAUUCACACGAGGCCUCCGAGUUUGCCAUUCCGGUCUACGGCACCCACCCACGCGAGCUUGGCGGACUGGCCGAGACCAUGAAGAGGCAAGGUAUGGGCCCUUAUAUGUGUAUUCGAUGGGUGUUGAGCCUUUGUUUUCUUCAACCGCCCACCUCUGGUAUGCCAAUCGAGUGUGAUACCGUACAGAAGCAGCUGGACUUUUUUUUCUUGCCCAUAUUAAACGCUUCUAUUGCACCGACGACUCGUGGGAAUGCACCUCUUGCAUGGCUGUUGCAGCAGGUCGGUGCGAUCCAGUUUGAAGGACUUGCGGAGGGCCCGGAACCAGACUUUGAUCCUUUCCUUGACAUCCCCUCCAACAUCAAGUACCCUGCCGCGGUUAGCAGCUUGUACUAUUUGUAUUACAUCUACGCAAAUUUAGUUAUAGUUAACCGAAUCCGUCUGCGCGGGGGGCUCAAUACUUUUCAACUUCGGUGCAGUGCUGGCCAUCGCGGCGGCGUGGAUGACGUUAUAGGGGGAUACAUGGUUGGCGACCUUAUCACACGGGCCACUAAGCUUCAUUGCUACCCAGUCGCACAAUACUUGUGUGGUGUGCACGGUGUAGGGCUCACCUUAUCUCCACUCAGCGACCACAUUAGCGGCAUUGUUUCGUAUCGGCAGCACCCGCUCCCAAACUUCCUGCAUCGGUGCUUGAAGGUAUCCAUUGCAACCGAGGCACCGCUGCGCUACCAUCACAAUCCUAAUCCGCUCAUUGAGGAGUACGCCACGUCGCAGAAGAUCUUUCGGUUGAGUGCGCUUGACAUGACGGAGUUAGCUCAUAAUAGCGUUCUUAUUUCUUCCUUUCCACAUACGACCAAACAGCAAUGGCUAGGCGACGGAUACGAUUUAGGUGUGAAAGGAAACGUUUUCGCGAAGAGCCAGGUCACUAAUGUGAGGUUGAACUUUCGCGAACAAGCCUGGCAAUUGGAGCGCGAUAUGAUGCGCGACUUGUAUAUGGGUAGCGUGCGUGAAAGCUCAGAGGAACUAAUGAGGUGGCAUCUCCUGAGCAAUGUUCAAGAAGUUGAAUACAACGCCGUACUGGACUCUCGUGUUCGCUUCCCGCGCAUCGUGUUGAGCGGAUCGUUGAAGAAAAGUCAUGCGGCAGUGACUGCUGCUUCCCGAAUCGCCCGCGCGCUGGACCUGCGGCAUAAGUACAUCUGGAAGGGACCUAAUCCAUGGGAGGUGAACCCGGAUAACCGCGAUCUUGAGGAGGACUUCCAGCGUAAGACGGACACCUUUAACGAGGAUGAAUGGGUCUUUGCUGGGAGUGAUGCAGUGUUUAUUGCCUUUCCACGUAACGCCGUCCAUGCCUGGCCACGUUCGCUGCCAACCCUUGAAACUUUCCACGCCGAUCUCCGUGAACUACAGGAGAUCUGCGCAUCUGCCGAGGUCAAGGAGUUCACCCACAAGCGUUUGGAGAAUCUCGACCACAAGUUUCGCCUCCACCUUGCCCUUAACCAUGCGAACGAGGCCGGCAAGACAAAGGAGCGGGCGUCCUGCAACCGCGAUAUUUAUCAGGCUACCAAAGUUGACACUCACAUCCACAUGGCUGCUGGGAUGACCCCGAAGCAAAUCCUUAAAUUCGUGCUGAAGAAAUUUCACGGAAGUGCGGACGACAUUGCCAUGAAGAAAGGUGAUGACAUCGUGACGCUUGGCCAGCUUUUCGCGAAAGCAGGCAUCACGGAUAGCCUGUCUGUCGAUCAGCUAAGCGUCCAGGCGGAUCAUACCUUAUUUGAACGCUUUGACAACUUCAACAACAAGUACAACCCCAUGGAUAACAGCGAUCUCCGCUCGCUACUUCUCAAGACAGACAAUUUUAUGAAUGGACGCUACUUCGCUGAGAUUAUUCACGACGUGUUUAACCAGUACUCAAAGGAUCAAUACACGUACGCCGAAAAUCGCGUCUCGGUAUACGGCAUAAAUAUUCAUGAGUGGGAAAAGCUCUCAAAUUGGUUUUCAACUUAUGGGCUGAACAAUAAGCACAACAAGUGGGUUAUUCAGGUGCCACGUGUGUACAAGGUAUUUCGCGGGCAGAAUGUAAUUGGUAGCUUCGGACAAUACCUCCAGAACAUUUUUCAACCGCUAUGGGAAGCCUCACUGCACCCAUCGGAGCACCCGAUGCUGCACAACUUUCUCAAGCACGUAAGCGGCUUCGACUCGGUUGAUAAUGAGGCGACCCUUGAUCUUUCCUUUACAUUAACCUCACCCUGGUCAUGGACUUCGAUUGAGAACCCGCCAUAUUGCUACUAUCUGUACUAUUUAUACGCUAAUUUACGCACCUUAAAUGAGUUUCGAGCCUCUCGCGGCUUCACUACUUUUUCCUUUCGCCCGCAUUGUGGUGAGUCUGGCGCGAACGAGCACCUUUACGGAGGCUUUCUCUGCGCUAACAGCAUUUGCCAUGGAAUCAACCUCCGGAACGACCCACCGAUGCAAUAUUUGUAUUAUCUCGCGCAGAUCGGUCUUCAUGUAUCACCCCUUAGCAACAACGCCCUCUUUUUGCGUUUUUUGAACAAUCCUUUCCCGGAUUUUUUCCGCCGAGGCCUAAACGUUUCGCUCAGCACGGAUGAUCCGAUGAUGUUUCACCACACUCAGGAGCCGCUCAUUGAGGAGUACAGUAUCGCGGCGCGGGUGUGGGGUCUGAGUCCGAACGAUCUAUGCGAGAUCGCGCGGAACUCGGUCCUGCAGUCUGGUUUUAGCAAUGACUUUAAACGGGAGGCAAUUGGUAACUAUUGGUUUAUGUCCUCGUCUAUCAGCAAUGAACCCUGGCACACGCACCUUUCGGAUAUUCGUGUUGCCUUCCGUUUUGAGACCUACCACACGGAAAUGCAGCAGCUGGAGGCUUACUCUAGGCGCCGGAUGUGUCGCUUUAUGCUCACAUCCGAUGAGGAGCGGGAUAUUAUCUCUAAAAAAUUGCAGAAUGGCUCCGGUGAGGUGGUUAUUUUAUCUACUCGGGAUCAGGCCAUGGAGGCGGUACUACGUGAAAUUGGCCAAACCCAAGAUCAGAUUUUGGCCUCCAAGCGUCAGCUUGGCUCCCUGCGCCGCCAAGAGCGAGCGUUGAUCAAUAACAUCACGGAGUUUGGUGCCCAGCGCAAGAAAGCCGAAGAGGAGCUCCAGGAAAAGAUAGUGCAGGAGAGACUAAGAUAUGAGAGGGAAACUCAGAGUUCUGAUUUGCAGCCGCCGCUUGCCGCUUUUAAAACUUCAGAGCGCCUGAUCAUGGAACGGCUUCUCAAAUGGCGACCGAUGCCAGCGAAAUCGCUAAGAAAUAUCACGCAAAAGGGCUAUUCACUUCCUAGUAAAGGGAGACCACUGCCCCCGAUACAAUAG